AUGGAGCACCUCCUGGCCAACUCCCCGGCGUCCGCCGGCGCGGUGCCGCAGUUGAACGCGGCGCAGCAGGAGCGGGUGCGCGGCGCGGUCGUGGCGCUGCUGCGCGGGACCGGCGACGGCGCCCCGAACAGCGGGACUGUGAGGGCCGCCUUCGCCAACCGCGCCGCGGAGCCCGUCGAGGUGCUGUGGCUCCACCCGCAGACUGGCGCGGAGGUGCGUGCCGCCGGCACGAUCCCCCCAGGCGGGGAGAGCGAGAUCGGCUCGCACCCGGGGCACGUCUUCGUGGCGAGGUCCUUGUCGAGCGGGGAGGUGCUGCAGAGAUUCAAGGUCACUGCCGGGUACGGCCACUUGCAGAAGUUCCGCGUGGCUGCCGAGGGUGAGCUCUGA